UGUUGAAGCCAUGUUCGGAACUGUGUGGCUUCAGUCAGUGUCCAUAAAGAGGGAGGAAACCCUGACUGUACACAGACUUUGCUGUCCGGGUCAUCAAAGAUUUUUCAGUUACCACCCGUCCUACGCAGUCCGAGUCAAGCACCUCCUCCUCGCGGUCUGUUUCAGAGCGCCCCCUCAAACACGGUUGGGAGCUACUAGCCUAACACAAGCUAACUAGUCAAGCGUGAGACCGAGACAUUAUCAAGAAAACAACAAACUAGCUAGCUAUCUAUUGGCCAGAGUCAUGGCAGCAAUCCGAAAGAAACUGGUCAUAGUGGGAGACGGAGCGUGCGGGAAGACCUGUCUGCUCAUCGUAUUCAGUAAAGACCAGUUCCCAGAGGUCUACGUGCCCACUGUCUUCGAGAACUAUGUCGCUGACAUUGAGGUCGACAGCAAACAGGUUGAGUUGGCACUAUGGGAUACAGCAGGCCAGGAGGACUAUGAUAGGCUCCGUCCCCUCUCUUACCCAGAUACUGAUGUCAUCCUCAUGUGCUUCUCCAUUGAUAGCCCCGACAGUUUGGAAAACAUCCCGGAGAAGUGGACUCCAGAAGUCAAACACUUCUGCCCUAACGUUCCCAUUAUCCUAGUGGGCAACAAAAAGGACCUGCGUAACGACGAGCACACCCGCAGAGAGCUAGCCAAGAUGAAGCAGGAGCCUGUGAAGCCAGAGGAGGGGCGUGACAUGGCGAACCGGAUCAGUGCCUUCGGCUACAUGGAGUGCUCCGCAAAGAGCAAGGAUGGGGUGAGGGAAGUGUUUGAGAUGGCCACGAGGGCGGCGCUACAGGCCCGGCGGGGGAAGCAGAGACAUAAAUGCCUCCUACUGUAAAAGGAGGGAAGGCGUGAGGGACACGGCCUCCCACUGGGUACAAGGGGAACGAUGGAAGAUAAGAAAUUAGGUCUAUUCCCCCCUUCGCUCCAAAAAAGACUGUGCUCACCAGUUUUUACUAAAGGUGUAAUGCUUUUAAUUUUCUGUCUUAAAGCAAAACAAGUUAAAUAGUCAUGGUUUUGUCAGUAUUCAAUGUUGAUGAUGGGGGUUAUGGAAAUGCUUUUUUGUACUUGUACAUGAGUGAAUCUGCCAUAUCAACAUUUCCCUUGUGAACCUGUACGGCCAUGUAACUGAUGUAGUCAGCCAGAGGUGUGUGUAAUCAUUAGUCCAAAACGUUUUUCAAUGGAAACUUAAUUUCUAAUGGACAAAUUCAGGUCGGUCCCUCCCCGUUUUUUAUCUGUUUGGUUCCUAGUGAAUACACCCCAGGGGAUCUAUUGUUGUGUCAUACCUGCCAAUUAAGUGCUUGAGCCCUGCCCACUGAACUGAGGAACAUUUCCACAGCCAAUCAGGGAGGGGUACCUAUACACUGUGACCCAUAGUCUUUAUGAUUAUUUUGUAAUUUUUGAUUUAUGCACAGGCAUAAAAUUUUUGAAAUAAAUGUGCUUCAUAUAAAACUCCAUGUGCAUCUAUUCAUAAAAACCCACAUGGACAAUUUUUGAACACUUAGUUUAACACGUAUGGAAUUGUUGUAUAUGUGUGUAAUAACUAACUGUAAGAUUCUUGAGACAGUUAAUGGGAACUGGAUGAUGGCAGAUGUUAAUACAGAUACAAGCAAAAUA